AUGGUGUGUUUUGUUCAUGAUCAUCAUUUUCUUUCUAAAUUCCAUGCUGCUAUCAAUCAACUACGGAAAACAAAUGAAUUUACUAUCUUAACAUUACGACAACUGCCAAAACGAUGUUGUUCAUGUCCUGAGAAAAGAAAUAAUAUGGUAUCUAAAACAAUAGAAUCAUUCUUAAAAUCAAUGGAUAUUAAUGAAUUACGACUUAUUUGUCUUCGACUUGAUUUAAAACAAUAUAUUGCUACUCAUAUCUUAUCAUCACCAUCAAAAAUAUGUAAUUAUACAAUUUUAUCCUUUCCUACUUUUUCCAAUUCAAAAAUGCAAGAUAUCAUAUCAAAUAAUUUUACUGUUCAACACGACAAUCAACUGCGUACUUUACAAAAAAUGCAUCAUGUUAGUCUUGAAUUUGUGACAUCGAACACAUCGCAGGAGUUAUUCAAUGAAAUUGCUCAAAUAAAAUUUGAUAUAAUAGCUAAAUGUUCAAAUUACUUAGAAGCAAUUCAAGCUAUUAACGGUCUUUGGGUUAUUAUUUCAACAAAAGAUCAAUCACGUGUUGAUAUUGUGGAACAUAUGCUUCAGCAACAAUGGAUCCAAUUUAUAGAGAACAUUUCCAUAUACACUACACAAAUGUUAUACCAUUGGCAACAGCAUCAACCUUCAAAAGUUAUCAACAAUAAACAUUUGAAUCUCGUGCAAUCUAAGAUUAAUAAACAAAAGAAGUCAAACAAACAAGCAGCGAAACUAUCCACACUUUUUCAAACGUCAAACGUCAUAGAAGAAACAGCAGACGCAUCGGAUGAAUUAGAAAAUGAAAUACAUUUUACUAGCGAAUGUUCGUCUGAUGAAAUGUUAAUGAUGACCAAUCCACGAUUCAACUUUCUUUUCAAUCGAUAUGACAAUUCUAAUAAAUUUAGACGACCACGCACCCAUCGACGACAACAUAUGUUGGCUAUUGCUAUGGCUGCUUAG